UUCAGUUAGCAUUCGAUCUCAGUAAAACUAUAUGGGAGUGACAGUAAAUUCUUUACAUUCUUUAAUAUCUGCGAGUUUGAUAUAAUUUAUUAGCUAAAAAAUAAAUGCAACUCUUAUACGGUAUACUGCAACAAAUUCAAUGGAAUUAAAACUGAAUUUAUAUUAAAAAAAAUGGAAAUUUUAAAGAAUAAAAAUAAGUAGGAUUCUUCUGGGAAAAUAGUAAAAAAUAUGAAUAUACUGGAAUAGUGAUUGAAAAUGUUCAAACAUGUAAGACGACAGUGUACAAAAGUAUUGUUUGAAAAUACGUCUGAAUGGAAUUUAAUACCGGAAAAUAUUGUAAGUUAAAAACAGAUGGUUAAAAUAACAAGGCAUUUAAAUGCUGCUGCUUUUAAGGGCACUGUGAAAAAAAAUACAGAAGAUCAAAUACCGGGCUAUUUUAAAAACAUAACUUAAAUAUCAUUGACGAUUUAAAUACGCUAUACUGGCUAUUCUAGUGACUGUGUUGUAUAACAAAGGGAAUACAACAUAUCUAAAUAAUGAAAAAUGUUUUAUUUUUAUGUAUGUGCUGAUAAUGAAUAUGUUUUUCCCCAAGGAUCAGUAAAAGAAAGAAACAGAAAAACUGAGGUUUAUUCAAGAAGUAUUUUAACUUAAAAAUGAACGUGAAAAUAAUAUUACUUUGACAUUUUCGAUUGGAAUACACCUUAAAGACAUCAUUAAGAUUAAUGCCUUUGUCGCCAGAAGCGUGUAGGAGUAAUAGACGAAAGAAGCACUAGAAUCCAGAAACAGCGAAUGAAUACGUUGCAAUAAACAUAUUACAAUAUGAAAUGUUAAAAGCACGAAGUUCACAUAAAAGUAUAUAAAAAUGUACACCAUUUGAUCCAGUAACCUUUUUUGUGGGGAAAGUUGCCGAAGAAAGUAUUGAAGAAUAUUCUAUAAUGCUCUUGAACAAAUAUGAAACAUUAUCACACCCAUGCGAUAUUUCUAAUUUCAACAGAGUUACAAAAAAACAAUUGAAAUAAUGACUUAAAAAAAGGAGAGGCUUAUAAAAUUAAAAGGAUAUAAUGACACUUAUAUCUACGAUUCUAUUGUACUUCAAUAAAUUGUCAUGAAGGAUUAUAAUACUUGCCGCAACACAUCCAGUACAUGCACUCAAAUCAACCAGAGUUUUGACAAUUUUUUGAUCGUUUCAACUGAGCAACUGAGUGUCAAUAAACAAAUUGCACACGAGUGUGUCGACAUACAAGUGAAAGGAGAAAGACCAGAUGUCGUAAAUAUUAUGAUUGGCGCGUUUUUAUUUUUGUUAGUUUUACUUACUAUUAUAGGCAAUGUCGUCGUGUUCUUGGCUGUGAUAUGCAAUAAAAAAUUGCGCACUGUUUCUAAUAUAUUCAUCAUAUCAUUAAGUUUAGCUGACCUACUAGUUGGUACCGUUGUUAUGAUACCUGCGGUGCUUAGUGAGAUCUUUCAGCGAUGGAUACUAGCACAUUCAUUUUGUGUUUUCUGGGCUGGCUUUGACGUAAUGUUGUGUAGUGCUUCUAUACUAAACGUGUGUCUCAUAAGCUUGGAUAGAUAUAUCGCUAUAAUGUCUCCAUUAAGAUACAAAGUGUUAGUAACGUACAGACGAGCAAUGGCUAUGCUGGCAGCUGCGUGGGGAAUUGCCAUAUCCGCGUCUUUCAUUCCACUUCUUUCCGGAAUCCAUAAUCCUGAACUUCCGUCCCUAACUAAUCUUACUUUGCUGUCAGACACGCCACAAUGUCUUUUUAUUCCAAGUUUAAUAUACGUCGUAAUUGCGUCUACAGUGACUAUUUUAUUGCCAAUUAUUGUAGCUUUAGUGUUGUACUACCGCGUUUCUAAGGAAGCAAAAAGACAAGCGUGCUUUGUUGGUGUGCUAAUUACUCCAACAAACAUGUUACUUGGAGCGAAAGUAGCGAAUAAACACAUCCGGGAACCUUUUACUAGAAAAGCGACGGUAACUCUAGGCAUAAUUGUGGGGGCGUAUGUUGUGACAUGGGCUCCGUUUUUAGUAAUCAACGUUACAGACGCCAUUUGUAGAUGCGUUCCUGCAAAACUAUUUACUGCUUUCGUUUGGCUCGGAUGGUGCAAUAGCCUUAUAAAUCCGAUUAUAUAUCCGUUCUUCAUGAGAGAUUUUCGGAAAGUGUAUUCUACUGCAUUACUUAAGCUGUGUCCAUGUCUUAAACUGAUAUGUAAAUACAAAAAGGACAAAGUAUUCCAUAGGGAUUCUGUAGAAGUGACAUCAACGAAGAUUCAUUAUGACAACUCUGAAGACGCAUUAUAGUAAUUACGUAAUAUGCCAUAGAUACUUGCACAUUCUAUUUAUUUUUAAAUGUUAUGUUUAUGUUGACGUAAAUUAAACGUUAUUAAAUUUUCUAAAACAAGUUCAAGGAUACGUACUUUUCUUUUCAAUUCGUCUAGCGUUUGUCUUAAAUAAAGUUAUAAUUAUUCCUGACAAUAUUCAGGUUAUAAGUCACAGGCUACAGUCAUAAGUCACAGGCUACAGUUAUUGUUUUUUACCAUUCCGCGACUUCAGU